GCGUCUCAAGCCUGCGCGCGCCCAUUCACACCGAGGCGACAGGCAUCCGGCUUGCGCCGAACUCUCUCUCUCGGAACUACAUUUCCCGGCUGUCCCCGCGCAGCCCGUGACACUCCUUGAACUGCGAGCUCGGAGCGGGCUUUCCACAGCUGCGCCUAUCCUGCUCGGACCCGGCCCUGGACCCAGCCUCGGACUCGAACACGGCUCCACCAUGGAGGAGGCGGACCGAAUCCUCAUCCAUUCCCUGCGCCAGGCCGGCACGGCAGUUCCUCCAGAUGUGCAGACCCUGCGAGCCUUCACCACUGAGCUGGUCGUAGAAGCUGUGGUCCGCUGCCUGCGUGUAAUCAACCCUGCUGUGGGCUCCGGCCUCAGCCCCCUGCUGCCUCUUGCCAUGUCUGCCCGGUUCCGUCUGGCCAUGAGCUUGGCUCAGGCCUGCAUGGACCUGGGCUAUCCCUUGGAGCUUGGCUAUCAGAACUUCCUCUACCCCAGUGAGCCUGACCUCCGGGACCUGCUUCUCUUCUUGGCUGAGCGUCUGCCCACUGAUGCCUCUGAGGAUGCAGACCAGCCUGCAGGUGACUCAGCUAUCCUCCUCCGGGCCAUCGGGAGCCAAAUCCGGGACCAGCUGGCCCUGCCCUGGGUCCCACCCCUCCUUCGCACUCCUAAGCUUCAGCACCUCCAGGGCUCAGCCCCUCAGAAGCCUUUCCAUGCCAGCAGGCUGGCCAUGCCUGAUUUGAGCUCCAGGGCAGAACCUCAGGAGUUCCAGGCGAGUCCUCUGCUGCUCCCAGCUCCCACCCAGGUGCCCCAGCCUGCCGCGAGGGCAGCCUCCCUCCUCGAACACCAUGCUGUCCAGCUCUGCCAGCAAACGGGCCGGGACCGCCCCGGGGACGAGGACUGGGUCCACCGGGCAUCCCGCCUCCCCGCCCAGGAGGAUACACGGGCUCACCGGCAGCGGCUGCAGAAGCACCUGGCCGAGCAUCUGCGCCAGACCUGGGGCCGACUAGGGCCUCCCCCACAAGCCCGCGACCUGGGAGAGCUGCUGCAGGCCUGGGGUGCUGGGACCAGGACUGGGACUCCCAAGGGCUCCCGCUUCACACACUCAGAGAAGUUCACCUUCCAUCUGGAGCCCGAGGCCCAGGCAGCCCAGGUGUCAGAUGUGCCGACCACCUCCCGGCGGCCUGAACAGGACACGUGGGCAGCUCAGGAGCAGGAGCUGGAGUCUCUUCGGGAGCAGCUAGAGGGUGUGAACCGCAACAUCGAAGAGGUUGAAGCCAACAUGAAGACGCUGGGCAUCAGCCUGGUGCAGGUGGAGACCGAGUGUCGGCAGAGCGAGCUCAGCACAGCGGAGCGUGAGCAGGCCCUGCGCCUGAAGAGCCGGGCGGUGGAGCUGCUGCCCGACGGGGCUGCCAACCUCGCCAAGCUGCAGCUCGUGGUAGAGAGCAGUGCCCAGCGGGUCAUCCACUUGGCGGGUCAGUGGGAAAAGCACCGGGUCCCGCUCCUUGCCGAGUACCGCCACCUCCGAAAGCUCCAGGACUGCAGAGAGCUGGAAUCUUCUCGACGGCUGGCAGAGAUCCAGGAGCUGCACCAGAGUGUUCGGGCAGCUGCUGAAGAGGCCCGCCGGAAGGAGGAGGUCUACAAGCAGCUGAUGUCAGAGCUCGUGACCCUGCCCAGAGACGUGUCCCGGCCGGCCUACACCCAGCGCAUCUUGGAGAUCGUGGGCAACAUCCGCAAACAGAAGGAAGAGAUCACGAAGAUCUUGUCUGACACGAAGGAGCUUCAGAAGGAAAUCAACUCCCUGUCAGGGAAGCUGGACCGGACGUUUGCAGUGACCGAUGAGCUCGUGUUCAAGGAUGCUAAAAAGGACGACGCUGUUCGGAAGGCCUACAAGUAUCUAGCUGCUUUGCAUGAGAACUGCAGCCAGCUCAUCCAGACCAUCGAGGACACGGGCACCAUCAUGCGGGAGGUUCGGGACCUUGAGGAGCAGAUCGAGACGGAGAUGGGCAAGAAGACCCUCAGCAACCUGGAGAAGAUCCGCGAGGACUACCGAGCCCUUCGCCAGGAGAACGCUGGCCUCCUGGGCCGGGUCCGUGAGGCCUGAGCAGCCCCCAGCAGAGGUGUCCCCACCCCGCCACCCCCUCGUCCCCCGGCUCCCUGGCCUCAGGCAGGGAUUGGGAGCACUAGGGGUACUGGCCAAAUGCUGGCCCUGGCUGUGCCCCCUGCUUUGCAGUCCAGCUUCUUCUGCUGCAGCCUUGGCCGCAGACCCUGGCCCACCCGACUGUGACCCUCAGCUGGGGCGAUCAUCUGGAGUAUGGGAUCUCGGCUGCAGUUUAUUGCGGAGGGCGCUGGGGGGCGUGGGGCCUUGGAUCUCAAAUAAAUGAGGGGCUCUGUCUGCA